AUGGGAAAAAUACAAAAUAAAAAUACCGAUAAAAAGGCAAUUAUCAAAGAGAAGCUGAGGCAGAAAAAAAAGAAAGCCAAGAAGAAUAAUAAACGAGCAAGAAUCGUUGUAAAAAACUUGCCUUUUACUACAACCGAAGAAUCCUUAAAGCAGCAUUUUGGUCAAUAUGGAAGUAUUAAAGAAAUUGUACUUUUAAGAAAACCAGACGGUAGUCCUGUAGGAUGUGCUUUUAUUCAAUUUGAAUUGGUACAGAAAGCAGCAAAAGCAAUUCAUUAUACAAAUGAAAAACCGUUUUUAGAAAGAGAAAUUACUGUAGAAUGGGCUAAACCAAAAGAUAAAUAUGAAAAAAGUAAGCAGAAAAUAGAAGUGAAGAUAAAGGAAGAACUACCAGAUGAUUUUGAUCCAAAUAUACAGAUUAAGACAGAAAAGGAAGAACUACUUGAAAUAAAAAAAGAAGAAACAGAUGAAAAUCUUACAUUUGAGAUUGUUAAAAACACAAAUACUUCCUUUGAUUAUAAUCCAGUUAAUUCUACCAUUAAUGAAGAAGAAUACAACAAUGAUGAUGAUGAUGAUGAUGAAAUGAAUUCUGAAAAUCAAAUCAGUAGUAAUGCAAAUGAAGAAGAAAAGAAAGAAGAAGAAAGUAGUCAUGCAAGUAGUGAUAGUAGUGAACAGUAUGAAGAUAGUGAUGAGGAAAAUGAUACGUUAGUGCAGGAGAAUGUAAAACAAGAGCAAAAAGCAAAAUUUAUGUCUAAUGAUGCAUCUGAAGGAAAAACAGUGUUUAUAAAAAAUGUUCCGUUUCAUGCAACUAAUGAUGAUUUAGCCAGAUGUAUGUCUCAAUUUGGACCAUUUUUCUAUGCUCUAAUAUGCAUAGAUCGUUUGACUGAACAUUCUAAAGGAACUGCAUUUGUUAAAUUCAAGAAUAAAGAAGAUGCAGAAAAAUGUCUUGAUGCAAAAGACUUAAUAUUGCUUGGAAAUAUUUUGGAUUGUCAACCAGCAUUGACACGGAACGCAUUAGAAGAGAAAGUAAAGGACAAAUCAGAAAAAAAGGCGAAACAAAAAGAUUCUAGAAACUUAUAUCUUAUUAAAGAAGGAGUUGUCCUUGCUGGAUCAAAGGCGGCAGAAGGCGUCUCAGAAUCUGACAUGGCAAAACGACUUCAACUUGAACAAUAUAAAACGCAAAUGCUUCGAAAUCUGAACAUGUUUAUCGCAAAAACCCGUAUCGUUGUACAUAAUCUUCCAUUGAACUGGGAUGAUCAAAAACUAAGGGCACUAUGUGCUCUACACGCAGACCCCAAAGCUGUGAUUAGAGAAGCACGAAUUAUGCGGGAUAUGAGAAGUGUAGAUGCUAAUGGGUUUGGAAAAUCGAAAGGCUUUGGAUUUGUUUCAUUUACAACUCAUGAAGAUGCUUUAAAAGUUCUUCGAUCCCUGAAUAACAAUCCUAACAUUUUUUCGCCCAAAAGUCGACCAAUUGUCAGUUUCUCAAUCGAAAAUAGAUCAAAACUCUUAGUAAAAGAAAAAAGACAACUCAAUUCUAGAAUAAAAAAUCCGAACAGUACCGAUUACAAUCAGUUUCCAAGAAGGAAAUUAGCAAAUGAUAAGAAAAAUAAAUUUAAUAAUAACAAAAGAAAAUCAAAUCCUGAAAAUGAAGAAAUUGAAGGAUUUACGGGGAUCACAUCGAAACCUGGUGAUCUAGGAUUCAAGAAAAUGAGAAGUACAUUCCAUUUGAAAAAGCAGGCAAAGUUACACCACGAACGUGUUAAACAACAGAAGAAAUUAAAGAAAAACGCCAAAAAACCAUUGUCAGAAAAAGCUACUGAAUUUACAAAACAACCAAAACAAAAAAUCAACAAGAAAAAGCUUAAAACAAACGACAACUUUUCAAAAUUAGUUAGUGAUUAUAAGAAAAAGAUUCUUAGCAGUUCUAGUUCAGUGGGUGGCAAUAUUAUUAAAAAAACUAAGUGGUUUAAUAGUUCUAAUUAACCAUACUGUAACUGUAAUUAAUAUAAUACAGUCUGAGCAGUUGCGCACAUUGGGAAAAUACUUUCCACUCAGUUUUUUUCCACAGUCACAUUCAAGGAUUCAGAUUGGCUACUGGUAAGGUAAGGUAUUACUCGCACAAGAAUUAUACUGUGUAUUUUCUUG